AUGUUGGCCGUUGGGCUGAAGUUCUUUAUGCCACGGGUGAGUCCUGACGUUGAAGUCCAAGGUGUAUACCAUUCUGCUAUUGCUUUAAAUGUAAAUGUGACAAAGUCUGAUGCUCCGUCUGUCUAUGAUCCUUUUCUGAAAAACAUGACCACACUGGAUUUUAUCGCGGGCAUUGUUAAGUCGAUGGAAACAGAAGACAAUAUUAAGGCAUGGUUUAAUAAUAAACUAUACACCUCACUUCCAAUAUUCAUUGGUUUUUUGAGUAACGCGUUGCUCAGAGUUGAAUCGAAAGGCUUAGAUCCUAACAAUCUCGGUAUCAUCACCAUUAAUCAUCCGAUGAAUCAGACAGUACGUAGCAGCUUUAACUCUGAAGGAAGCAAGAAACUGAUAGUUUUUCGUAUCGUGCUGAUUAUGUUGGUGUUGUGUGUAAUUCCUGCCGGAUUUACGGUUUUCCUUGUUGAAGAUCGUGUCUGCGAUGCGUUUCAUCUGCAACUAGUCAGUGGUCUAUCGAGAUUCACAUAUUGGAUAACUGGUUAUGCUUUUGAUAUGAGUGUUUAUACCAUUUCGAUAAUAGCCAUACUUAUGGUAUAUGUGAUUUUUGGAGUGCAAGAUUUCGCGUACAGCUUCGGAUCGUUGAGUGGCUUCUUCAUAGUUUUUCUCUUUUACGGUUCCCAUUCAUUCGAAUCGUCUUCUGUGUCCUGCAGACUGUGCGCUGUUCUUUGGGCGUACGUCUUUCAACGACGAUUUCAAGUACCUGCGUUGUCAUUUGUGCUGAUAUCUGUUGGCACAUUUUUCACUGGAGUUGUAGCCGUACUUACUGUGGUGAUCAUUGAGCAACUCAUGCAGAAGGCCUUCCUUUUCUUUCAGGACCAAACGUUAGAGACCUCGCAUGCGAUCUGCUCGACCUUAUUCCUGGUUCUUCCACAGUACAACUUAGGAAUGGCAAUCUUUCGCGGAAGUUUUGUCUUUCGACUUGUAGAGAUUGGCGAAAAUUUUCUCCGAGAAUUGAAUCGCCUAGAUCUUUUGUCAUCGUUGCCUAUUCCAUCGCUUUUCGAAUGGUCUUUGAUGGGAAUGCAUUGUGCCUGCUUGAUUAUCCACAUUGCUAUCGCCGCCCUUACACUUUUUAUCCUUGAAAGAGAACCGUUCGGAUUUUUAAGGAGACGGGAGAAAAGAUAUACGAGACGGCUGUUAGCUAGUGUUGGAGAUUCUUCGGAUGAUGACGUUAUCGCCGAAAGAAAGCGAGUGAACGAGAUCGAAAAUUUUAGUGAAAAUCCAUUGAUUGUGAAAGAUCUGGCAAAGGCUUAUUCCAAAAAAAAUCUCGCUGUACGCAAUGUAACAUUUGCACUAGAUAAAGGCGAAUGUUUCGGUCUACUAGGUCUAAACGGUGCUGGAAAAACUACAACGUUUUCUAUCCUAACACAGAAAAUCAGACCUGGAAGUGGAUCAGUGCUGAUCCACGGUAGAAACUGGAUUUGUACUUCAGGAUCGUCAAGCAGUCCGGUGACUGGUGAACGUUCUGCGUAUGAUCAUGUUGGCUACUGCCCUCAGUUUGACGCAAUGAAUAUGAAACUGACGACAAAAGAAAACAUCGAACUGUUCGCCAGGAUUCGUGGUAUUCCUGAAGAGCACAUUCGUCCGCUUGUUGAUCGUCUUUUGGUGUCUCUCCAUCUGCAAUCGUACGCUUCCACCGUCACUUCUGCAUUGUCUGGUGGUAACAGAAGGAAACUGUCAGUUGCGACUGCAUUGAUCAGUCAUCCUUCACUUGUUUUGCUUGAUGAACCUUCUGCUGGAAUGGACCCUAAUUCUCAACAGUUUUUAUGGAGAGUUAUUGGUCAUCUAAGAAAAUCAGGGAAAGCUGUGGUAAUCACUUCUCACUCUAUGGAAGAAUGUGAAGCAUUAUGUACGAGAAUAGCCAUCAUGGAUCGUGGCCAAAUUCGUUGCAUUGGUAGCAAGCAGCACUUGAAGAACAAGUAUGAUGCGAUUUCUGUUCUUUCUUUUUAUUUCAUACAUGCCAAUUGUGUUGGUCAGUUUAGAUUUGGCGAAGGCCAUUCAUUGACGGUAAAGAUGCUAUGUCAAAACGAUGCUCAGUUAGCAGCUGAAUUUGUACUUGCGCAUCUGAAGGGUGCCAAAAUUGAGUCCAUCCACUGUUCAACUAUUUUCCUACACGUCAACCGAGAUGUCUCAACCAUCUCAGGAAUCUAUAGAGUAGUUAAUGAGUUGAAGAAGGAGUUUCCCGUUGAGGAUUUUUCUCUGUCGCAGUCAACACUGGCCGAAGUGUUUCAUUCACUUGCUACGAAUAACUCAACUCCUACAUCAUCUGGUCAAACCAUUUUAACAAACGAAACCGAUCUCAUUGACUAG